UUUCUGUUCUUUGACUAAAUUUAACACUACUCUGAAAACAUUAACAAUGAAGUCAUUUACGACAAUUGCCGUUAUAGCCUUAACAUUUGAAUUAGUAACGAUUAUUUCUUGCAGCCCUUUACCGGACCCUACUCUUGAGGUUAUAGCACCAUUGGUGGGAGCAGCUGCAGCUGCUAUGACAGGUGGAAUGCGUGGAGGUGGAAUGCCUUAUGGUCAAAUGGGAGGUGGAAUGCCUUAUGGCCAAAUGGGAGGUGGAAUGCCAUAUGGCCAAAUGGGAGGUGGAAUGCCGUAUGGUCCAAUGGGAGGUGGAAUGCCUUAUGGUCCAAUGGGAGGUGGAAUGCCUUAUGGUCCAAUGGGAGGUGGAAUGCCUUAUGGUCAAAUGGGAGGUGGAAUGCCUUAUGGACGAAUGGGAGGAUAAGAGGCCUUCUUAUUAACAAUUAAAUGUAAUGUAUCGAGACGACAAUAUAAUUUUCCAUUGUCUU